AUGCGUAGUAUGGCCAGCUCCGCCUCGUCCAAGGGUAUUGCAGCCAUUGUCGGCGUCGGCCCGAACCUCGGCCGCUCCAUCGCCCGCAAAUUCGCCCAUGAAGGUUACACCGUCGCCAUCCUUGCCCGCGACCUAGGUAGACUGUCAAAAUUUGCUGAUGAAAUAGCUAGAGAAGAAAAGACACAAGUAUUUGCAAUCCGAAUCGAUUGUUCGGAUUCUCGAAGCAUAAGAGAGGCAUUUGAAGGGGUUCUGUCACUGGGUUUUGUUGAAGUUUUGGUUUACAACGCAUACCAGCCCGUUUCUUGGAAACCUAAACAUUUCACUGAUAUUAGAAUCGAUCAUUUCGAGAAAUCCUUUGCAGUUUCGUCUGUAGGCCCCUUCCACUGCGCUCAACAGGUACUUCCAGGCAUGGUAAAUAGAGGGAGAGGAACAAUACUCUUCACCGGUUGUUCCGCAUCUCUUAACGGCAUUGCUGGUUACCCCGAUUUGAGUUGUGGGAAGUUUGCAAUGAGAGGGUUAUCACAAUGCUUGGCAAGAGAGUUCCAACAUCAGGGAGUACAUGUUGCACAUGUUAUCAUCUACGGCAUUGUUGGCAGCGCACCUCGGGGCUUUAUGCCAUCGACUUCAACUUUCGGGAGCGAGUGUAUGGACCCGGACGUGGUGGCUCAGACCUAUUGGCACUUGCAUAGUCAGGAUCGGUCCGUUUGGACACAAGAAAUCGACCUCCGUCCCUCGACUCCCUAG